UUGGACUGCAGCGGAUUUUUUUCUGCAGCAUCGCACAAGACCAGAAAGCAGAGAUCUGGGUGCGAUGUCUACUCCCUCUGUAUCUGUGUAACUAAGGUGGAAAUCAGGGAACGGAGCCGUCAGACUCAUCAGGCUCGCUGCGAUGCUUUUUGAUCCCCUGUAAAUUAUUCCCUCUACUGAGUUCUGACAGGACUGUGGAGCUUCCUAAUUUCAGAUAGUGUGUCCAUCUGAGCUGUCUGGUUACUCCCAUCCAGUGGAAGUAGACAUGAUUAUUUAAGCAUUAGUUAUCUGGCAGCUGGUUACCUUUCAAAGCUUAUAAACUGUUUUCCACCUCACUUUCUCUUAAAAAGAGCAUCAGUAAGAAAACAGGUACUUCAAAUUUGCUGUACCUCAUGCAAUAGAAAAGCUAUAAAAUCGAAGUAAAAUACAUUUAGUGCCAGCUCUCCUUGUGCGAAGAUGGAUGAAGCACCUAACAACAGGACCUCCUUGGUCAAAGGUGCCAAGGACAUUGCAAAGGAAGCCAAGAGGCAUGCUGCCAAAAAUUUCAACAAAGCUGCUGAUCGUGCCUCUGAUGAAUACUCUGGCCAACGCAGCUACAACCGCUUUCACAAUGAGGAUGACAACUACAACGUAUACACUCAGCCAGACGGUCAAUAUGGUGACAAUGCAGCCAAUGACGAGGACGGGGCGUCCAGUGAUGCGACAGAGGGUCAUGAUGACGAAGACGAGAUCUAUGAGGGAGAGUACCAAGGUGUUCCGGCCUACAACGAUGGGAAGCCCCGGGACGGGCAAGUGGCUCUGGGCCAGCCAGUUUCAGAUAGCCUUAAGAGCCAAAAGGAUCUGGAAAACGAGAGGCAGGCAGAUGAGGAGGAGCUGGCUCAGCAAUAUGAGCUGAUCAUGCAAGAGUGUGGCCAUGGGAGGUUCCAGUGGCAACUGUUCUUUGUGCUCGGACUGGCACUUAUGUCCGAUGGUGUGGAAGUUUUUGUAGUGGGGUUCGUCCUGCCUAGUGCUGAGACAGACAUGUGUGUCCCCAACUCUGGUGCUGGAUGGCUUGGCAGCAUUGUGUAUCUGGGGAUGAUGUUCGGAGCGUUUUUCUGGGGUGGUCUGUCAGACAAGGUGGGCCGCAAACAGUGCCUGCUCAUGUCCAUGUCCGUCAACGGCUUCUUUGCCUUCCUCUCCUCCUUUGUUCAAGGCUACAGUAUGUUUCUCCUCUGCCGCAUGGUGUCUGGCUUUGGGAUCGGUGGGGCGGUGCCGAUAGUGUUCUCGUACUUUGCAGAGGUCUUGGCCAGGGAGAAGAGAGGAGAGCACCUGAGCUGGCUCUGCAUGUUCUGGAUGAUCGGAGGAAUUUACGCCUCAGCCAUGGCCUGGGCCAUCAUCCCACACUAUGGGUGGAGCUUCAGCAUGGGAUCAGCCUACCAGUUCCACAGCUGGAGAGUGUUUGUGGUGGUCUGUGCGCUGCCUUGUGUCUCUGCAGUGGUAGCUCUCACUUUUAUGCCUGAGAGCCCCCGCUUCUUCCUGGAGACAGGUAAACACGAUGAGGCCUGGAUGGUUCUCAAACACAUCCAUGACACCAACAUGCGUGCCCGAGGAGAGCCUGAGAGAGUCUUCACCGUGAACAGGAUAAAAAUCCCCAAACAGCUGGACGAGCUGGUGGAAAUGCAAAUUGAGUCAGCCAACCCUGUGCUCAAAGUCCUCUUUAAGAUCAAGGCUGAGCUCAGAGGAAUCUGGUUGACUUUUAUGAGAUGUUUCAACUACCCAGUGAAAGACAACACCAUGAAAUUGGCAACUGUCUGGUUUACUUUGUCAUUUGGGUUUUAUGGAUUGUCGGUGUGGUUCCCAGAUGUCAUCAAACACCUUCAGGCUGACGAGUAUGCCUCCAGAGUGAAGAUUCAUCACAACGAACGCACUGAAGACUUCACUUUCAAUUUCACUCUGGAGAACCAGAUACACAGAAAUGGAGUUUUUUUGAAUGACAGGUUCAUCGGCAUGAAGUUCAAGGCAGUCACAUUUAUAGACUCAUCUUUUUUCAACUGCUAUUUUGAGGAUGUGUCCUCAGUAGGAUCCUCCUUCAAAAACUGCACCUUCUUGGACUCUUUCUUUUACAACACUGAUAUUGAUGAUGCCAAGUUGACAAAUUCAAGAAUGAUCAACAGCUCCUUCCACCACAACAAGACUGGCUGUCAGAUGACAUUUGAUGAUGAUUACAGUGCCUACUGGGUCUAUUUUGUCAACUUCCUGGGAACACUGGCUGUGUUGCCAGGAAACAUUGUCUCUGCUCUCCUUAUGGACAAGAUAGGACGUCUUAGCAUGUUAGGAGGUUCCAUGGUGCUAUCAGGCAUCAGCUGCUUUUUUCUUUGGUUCGGCACCUCCGAGUCAAUGAUGAUCUUCAUGCUCUGUCUCUACAAUGGUCUCAGUAUCUCUGCAUGGAACUCCCUGGACGUAGUCACCACUGAGUUGUACCCUACAGACAGGAGGGGCACAGGAUUUGGCUUCUGUAAUGCCAUAUGUAAGCUGGCAGCAGUGCUUGGCAACCUGAUUUUUGGCUCAUUGGUUGGCAUUACCAAGGCUAUCCCUAUUCUCCUGGCAUCAUCUGUUUUGGUCGGGGGCGGAUUGGUUGGCCUCCGACUACCGGACACACGCUCCAAUGUCCUCAUGUAAACGUCGGCUAGGAAAACUGGGUUUACCAGGUCUUUACUCAGCAUACUGAACAUACAUUUUGAGCUAUUGUUUAUCUGAAUAUUACUAAAACAAUCAUUUCUGUCAUGUCAUAAAGUGUGUCAUUUAAAAGAACCAAUGCUAAAUAUCAUGAAAACUCAAAUGCAUUGCAGAUGACUAUUGUUCUGUUAAUUCUGAGUAAAAUACCUGGUGAAGGGUCUAAUGCAGUUUCACAGAGCUGUAGAUGGACAAAGAAAGCUUAUAUGGAAAAUUGUCUUACAAAAGCACCAGAUGCCAGUUUUUUCCUAAACUGUUGGUGUUCUUACAGGUUUAAAGCAAAAGGCUUAUCUGUCAUAAGUGGUGAUUAAACUCUGUAAGUCAGCAGCUCAUUAACUACAGGCUUUUUCGCACAUGCAAGCCACAAAGGCAUGUACAAAGGCUGCAAAAGGCUUGGCGUUCCAGCAACCUUUCAAAUAUUCUCCAGUGUUGCUCAGAAAAAAAAGUAAAUUGACUUAUUUGGGCUUAAAUUUCAGUGUUAAAAGUUCUGGCAUUACCUCUGUUGAGUAGCACGUCUUCCAGAAGAUAACAGUUUGAGUCCACGUUAUUUUUCUUGUUUUUUUAAGUGAACUUUACUAAACACACAUUUUAAUGGGAAUAGUAUUGGUCAAGAAAAGAAAAAACAAACAAAUUAUACAAGAAAAAAAUCCAUUAAAGACAAACCAAAUGAAAUGCACUAGUAGUUGUCAAUGACUUUGCAUCUUAUAAACAUCAUAGCAUUUUUCACUUCUGUUACUUUUAAAUAAACUGUAGAUUUAAUAAAAUGUAUUCUUCCAUUCCAAUUAGUGCUCCAAACGAUCACAAAAACAACAUCAGCAUCAAAAAGCAUCAGCUUUAUUUAUGUUGUUAUUUUGGAAUAAUCUACUUUGAAAGUAUUCUCUUAUUUUAUGUCCCUCAACUGAUUCAUGUUUAUGCCUUUUUGAAGGCAGAACCCACAUGCAUCGUCCUGUUGUAUUUUGAAAAGUCAGCACAAAUAAAGAUGGCCGAUACAAAUGAAAUGAAGCACGGUCGGUAUAAAGCAUCCAACUGUAGACGGCACCAGUUCAACCUUAGGAAAAGAUGGGCACAAAACAGCCAAUAUUACAAAGGUACUGAUGAUGAAGGGCUGAAAUGACCAGCAUCCUUGACAACAGCAUCAAGGAUAAACAAAUUGAGAAAGUAGAGACAGUUAAUUUGGGUUAAAACACUCUGGAUCCAAAGAUACAGAUGCUAAUAAAAAAAAAAACAUGAUGUGCAAGAUUUGGCAAUGGGUGGUGUCAGGACAACUCAGCAAUAUAUUUUAUCUGUCACCUAAACUUUUACCUUGAAGUCAAUUAAGAACAACUGAUGCAGAAAGUGAUUGGAAUUAAUAAACAUAGUUUGCUAAAGUAAAUACAUGCAUGAGAUUUUAAAAUAGCUGCACUAAAAUGUGGGCAAAUUUGCUUGGUCCAAUUAACAUGAUCUUAUUUAUCACUAGUUGUGACUAGUUUAUUUUUUAAUUAUUGUUUUACAGAGACUGGCUUACACUUCAAUAAAUACUUAGUGUAAUACUGUAGCUAAAUAACUGGCAGUAUUUUAAAAGAAGAUUCCUGAAGAAGGUUUAAGGUAAAAAUUUGGUUUCAAGGCAAAUCAGUGUUCUUCAUGCGCAAUAGAUACACUGUUUUUCCAAACUCAAUGAGUAAUCCUUUUAAAUAAACUUUAUGCAAUAUUGACUAUAAUUAAGCAGCCCUAUUUAAAAGUUAUUAUUUUAAGGAUGAACAUCUUUCCAGGAAUUACAGCAGUAUUUACCGCCAUAUCAAUUAUCAAUAAUCAAGUCGGAUAGAUUAAUUAAGAGACGACCAAUAUUAUCAGUUUUCCUAAAAUGUCUUUACAUUAACAUUUGCUCUGUGUUUGUGUGUGAAUAUAUGAAUCCUAACUCCUCAUAAGAUGCUGGGAAAAAAAAAAAAAAAAAACUUAAAAAAACUAUUAUAUAUAUAUAUAUAUAUAUUCGUUCGUCGUCUUCCGCUUAUCCAGGACCGGGUCGCGGGGGCAGCAGACUCAGCAGA